AUGAACUUAGAAUUGACAAUAUUUAUGUAUUUAGAGAAGAGAUCUGAAGUUUCAAGAGAACAGAGCGUGUAUGAAGACAAGACAUUGAUGAGCUCCAGUGGCCCUUCAGUUGAUCAUAGUUCUAGAAGCUUCUUUGGAGAGUGUUCUUCAUUUUUUGAAAGUCCUGAUGGAUUUGGAGAUGGAGGAGUUGCAGAAGCAAUGAUUGAAUCGGAGAACCCAGAUGAUGAAUCUUUAUCGAAAAGUGAAAAAGAGGAUGCAAUAAUACUUUUAUCUGAAAAGGAAGCAUCUACUGUUCAAGGACAAAGUGUAUCAGAAACAGAUAAUACAGAAGAUACAUCUGUCUCCAAAAGUGGAAAAGAGGAUGAUACAACCUUUUCAUCUGAAGACGCAGGAUUUUCUCUUCACCUAAGUGAUGAAUCAGAACCAGAUAAUACAGAAGAUACAUCUGUAUCCAAAAGUGGGAAAGAGGAUGAAACAGUAUUUUCAUCUGAAGAUGCAGGAUUUUCUCUUCACCUAAGUGGCGAAUCAGAACCAGAUAAUGAAGAAGAUACAUCUGUCUCCAAAAGUGGAAAAGAGGAUGAAACAGUAUUUUCAUCUGAAGAUACAGGAUUUUCUCUUCACCUAAGUGGUUUAUCAGAACUAGAUGAUGAGGAAGAUACAUCUCUAUCCAAAAGUGAAAAAGAGGAUGAAACAGCAUUUUCAUUUGAAGACGCAGGAUUUUCUCUUCGCUUAAGUGGUGUAUCAGAACCUGAUAAUCCAGAUGUGGUAUGUCUACUAAAUAAUGAAAAAUUGGAUGAAAAACUAUUAACUGAAGAAAAAAGAGUUACUGGUGACCCAUAUAAUUUUCCAGUUGACUCUGAUGAUCCAGAUGACGUACGUCUACCUAAAGAUGGAAAAGUGAAUAGAAACCUAUUAUUUACUGAAGAAGAAGGAUGCAGUCUUGACCCACCUGAUGUUGCAGAGACCUCCACGAUGGAAAUAUCAAAUAUCCAGGAAGAGUGGAAUCAUCCCCAAACUGAGAAUGUUACAACGUCUGUACUUACAGACAGCUAUGUUGAAGAGGUCAACAACCUACCAGCUGAGGAGCCAAUGGCCAUUGACCAAAACAUGACAGCAGAGAAAUCGAACGGAACAGCAGAAGAGUUGUUAAGUACAUUACAGGAAUCCAACAAGAUAGGGAAGGAGUCCUUUAGUCUAAUGGAGCUCUGCAAGAACAGUAACCGAAAACAAGCAGCUGCCACCUUUUAUAGCUUGCUACUCCUAAAGAAAGAGCAGGCAGUUGAGGUGAACCAGAGUGCUCCCUAUGAAGAUAUUAUAAUUACAGUGGGACCAAGGUUCCACGACAUGUGA